AUGGAGAGGGAUGGGUCAUUGGGUUGUAAUUGUACAAAGUUUGAAAGGGAAGGAAUCUUGUGCUGUCACUUAUUGAAGGUUAUUAGAGACAUAUUGAAGAUAAAAGAGGUUCCUCCACAAUACAUUCUAAAGAGGUGGACGAAACAAACAAGAGCCGAAACUGUGAAGGACAUUAAGGGGAAUGACAUUCAAGUAGAUGUAAAAUUCCAACAAGCCUCGCGGUAUAAGACAUUGAUGACCGCAUUUAGAGCACUAGCAAGUAGAGCUGCUGAAACUGAAGAAACUUAUGAUUUUUGUGUUGCACACCUUGCUACAUUAGGUGCAAAUAUUGAAGGCAAGUUAGGUGCUCUUUUUGGUGCUGGAAAUGAAGUAAGUAAUGAUCAUGACACCCAAAGCUUUGAAGUGGAUUGCGAAGAUGUGAAUCAUGUUGUGCAACCAAAAGGAUUUAAGAAAAAACUGGCAACUAGUAAGGGCAAAAGGAGGGUAAAAGGUGGAUUCGAAGUGGCGUUGAUAACGAACUCCAAAACAAAAAUCCCAUGCUAA